AUGGAGAUGGGUAAAGUCGAAUGGUCUGAUUUACAUGAAGACCUCAUCGAUUUAAUCGCCGAUCGUGUAUCCGGAAACAUCGACAUCGUCCGUAUGAGUAGCAUCUGUAAACCCUGGCGUUCCACGGUUGCGAACAAGGAGCGUUUCCCGUACCGCUUUAAUCGCAACCUUCCUAAUUUCAAGAAGAAGAAGACUGAUCUCUCUCCCACCGCUUUCUUCCGUGUAACUCUCCCUUCUUCUUCAUGCCCUAACAAAGGAUGGCUGAUCAAAACCAAACAAUUCUCCGAGUCCAGUAAGAUUAAUCUCAUGUCUCCUUUCUUUAACGCGGACAACACCACUACGAAACAAACCCUAGACCUUUUGAAGGUAGGGGUUUCAGAGAUUCGUCAAGCUUACAACGUUGAAUACGUGAGAGUGAAAGACGAUAGAGGCUAUGAUUUUUUUGCAAAUUCGGUAAGAGCUGUUCUCGUACACAAUAUGAUUUUCAAAGUCGAGUGGAACAAGGAAAUCUGGUGUUGCAAGAUCGUAGAAGAGAGUGAAAAAAAAGAAGAAGAGAAAAAAGGAAAAAUUGAAUGGAGACGCAUCGAAAGCAAAGAAGCUGAAUUAUUCUCAGAUAUUAUAGUCCAAAAAGGUCAAAUCUAUGCCUUAGACUUAAAAGGCGCAAUCUGGUGGAUUAGUCUCUCAGAGCUCAAGAUUUUUCAAUACAGACCUUCGACUCCAGUAAUACAAGACUACUUCCACAUGGGUGAUUACUGCAAAGACAAGAGACUCGUGGAGUAUUGUGGAGAUUUAUGUGUUGUUCUUCGUUUAUGUAAGAUAUUCCGCGAAUGGAGAGGUGAUAAAGAGAGGACGGUUGGUUUCACGGUUUAUAAGAUGGACAAGAAUUUGGUCGAAUGGGUUGAGGUUAGUUCCUUGGGAGACAAGGCAAUCAUUAUGUGCAUGGAGAGUUGUUUAGUGGUCUCAGCCUCGGAGUACUAUGGAUGUUUGGAGAACGCUAUCUACUUCACUGAUGAUGAUGGAAGAGAUAAACGGAAGUGUGAAGAUAUUGUUAAAGUGUUCAAGCUUGAAGGUGGCAUUAUCGAUUCUUCUUCUCAGAGUUUUUUAGAGAUGUUCACUCCUCCCUUUCUCUGA